AUGCCUAUUGACUAUAGUAAGUGGGAUAAGCUCGAACUAAGCGACGACGAUGAUUUCGAAUGUCACCCAAACGUCGACAAAGCUUCGUUUAUAAGAUGGAAGCAAGCCGAUAUUCACGCUAAACGCGAAGAAAGAAGACAAAAAAUUAGUGCGCUUAAACAAAAGAUUUCUCAGGACGACGUUUUGCUCGAGAAAAUUGAUAGUAUGAUCCAAAGGUUGCAGAAUGAAGGCGUUGAAUAUUUUUUCAAAACUAUAGAGGAAUUACGCGAAACCAAUAAAGCAAUAGAAAGUAAAAAUAAAACGACUUCGACUCCUCAAAGUGAAAAUGAAACGACAUCGAUGCCUCAAAGUGAACACGUCGAGCCUGCACAACCAUCUUUUGACCAAAUGAUGGGUAUUUUAUUUGAAAAAAUUCGACAGGAAGUUAAUGACGAAAGUCCGGAAGAAGUCGGUACACGAUUAAUUGAAAAAUUGAAGGAACAUCGUGAAAAAUUGAGUAAAAGUCAAAAAGAUGCAAAAGUAGAAUUGGAAAAAGAAGAAAUGGAAGCUAAAAAGAAGAUUAUAGUUGACGAUUUGCAUACCGGAUUUGAUAAAGCUGUUGUCAAUAAAGUGAACAACAAACCGACUAUUGAGAAGCCAAAAAAAUCGAAAAAGAAUACGGAGAAGUCUAUCGAAGUGUUAAAUCCUGAUGUACAGCCUAAGCCUCUCGAUGAACCUGAUAAAGCCUCAGAAGACACAGAUGAUGAUGAUGACGAAGCUUUGCACAUUUCUAAUGUCGCAAAGGAGUUUGCAAUUAUCAAAAAUUAUAGCGACAGUUUUUCAUUUAUAACAAAGCACCCCGAAAUCAUCAGUCCCGAGGUAGUGGAUCAAAUAUUAGCCGAAGCAUUUAGAGCUCAAUUGAAAGGAAAAGCAAAAUAUGCAAAACAGUGCGUUCAUCAAGGAUGGUUGUUGCAAUAUUGUCAAAAACUAGGAAAAGACGGCGUCACUCUAUUUUUCAAAAGAAUAACUUCUACCGAUCCACAAGCGCGCGACAUUUUCUUAAAAGAUGUCAACGAGACAUAUGAACGUAUUCGUGAACGUUGCAAGGUCAUGAAUGCUGAAAAAACACAAAACCCCCAACAGUCUCAGGCUGAACAAAUUCAGAUAGAAGUCACUGAUCCUAAUUCUUCUCUUAAUGUUCGCAUCCCCAACGAACAUUCCGAAGAUGAAAAGGAAAGAGAAAAACAUGAAAUAUUUUUGACACUACCCGAAAAAUUCCGUGAGGCAUUGAAAACUGGCGAAUUAACAAAGAUCAAUAAAGUUUUAGGUGGCUAUACCGUUGAGGAGGCAGAGCGCAUUCUGGAAAUCUGUGGGAAAGCUGAAGUCUUAACAAUUGAAGAGGGAAUCAUUGAUGCUACGAAAGGAGAAACUAUUCCCGGUCAAGAUGUGGAUUCCAGCAAGGCUUCUCAACAACCUUCUGAAUCAAAAUCAUAG